CCCCCUGCCCACACUGCCCAGAGGUGGGCAGAGGCAGCUUUCCCCCAGGGCUCUCUGCACCUACCGUGUGCCAGCACCGCUCUAUCGCUGCUGCAGCCUCCCACCUGUCCACCCACCCUCUGCAGGCCUGGGGGGACUGCGGUCUGGCACUGAAUUUCACCUCCCACACGGCCUCACACUGCAGCUCCCAGCAAGCCACAUCCUGCAGGGUGCUGGACACAGCCGGACCAGAGGGGCCGUGCUCCAGUGGGACCGACUCCAUUCCAGUGCUGGGGAGGGUUUGAGCAGCCCACGGAGCAGUGCCUCCCGCGUUCUGGGCAUAGAUAGUUCAGAACCUGGUGCUGUAACUCGGGCAUCUGAGGCUGGAAAUAUUGGGAAGUAUUCCGUCGAGUCCAGAGGGAUUGUGUCGCAAGCCGAGGCUGCUGCUGACCUUUGCAGAGGGGAUUUCUCUAAAGGAGGAACCUCGGCAGGGAACGUGAGCGGAGUGAGGAAAGUGCUGAGCUGGGACAUUCGUGCCCAGUGACCUGACCCCGGAGGAGUGCCAGGAGCUGGAAAACAUCCGCCGCCGCAAGCAGGAGCUGCUGGCUGACAUUCAGCGGCUGAAAGAUGAGAUCGCAGAAGUGACGAAUGAGAUCGAGAACCUGGGCUCCACGGAGGAGAGGAAAAACAUGCAGAGAAACAAGCAGGUGGCAAUGGGCAGGAAGAAGUUCAACAUGGAUCCCAAGAAGGGCAUCCAGUUCCUGAUUGAGAACGACUUGCUGAAGAACACGUGUGAGGAUAUCGCUCAGUUCCUUUACAAGGGAGAGGGCCUCAACAAGACAGCCAUUGGGGACUACCUGGGUGAGAGGGACGAGUUCAACAUCCAAGUCCUGCAUGCCUUCGUGGAGCUGCACGAGUUCACGGACCUCAACCUCGUCCAGGCACUGCGGCAGUUCCUGUGGAGCUUUCGGCUGCCAGGAGAGGCACAGAAGAUCGAUCGGAUGAUGGAGGCCUUUGCACAGCGGUACUGCCAGUGCAACCCCGGCGUCUUCCAGUCCACUGACACCUGCUAUGUGCUCUCCUUCGCUAUCAUCAUGCUGAAUACCAGCCUGCACAACCCCAACGUCAAGGACAAACCCACAGCAGAGCGCUUUAUUGCCAUGAACCGUGGCAUCAACGAUGGGGGGGACCUGCCUGAGGAGCUGCUGCGGAAUCUCUAUGAGAGCAUCAAGAAUGAACCCUUCAAAAUCCCGGAGGAUGAUGGCAAUGACCUCACUCACACCUUCUUCAACCCCGACCGGGAGGGCUGGCUGCUGAAGCUGGGAGGAGGAAGGGUGAAGACGUGGAAGCGGCGCUGGUUCAUCCUGACGGACAACUGCCUUUACUACUUUGAAUACACGACGGAUAAAGAGCCACGUGGCAUCAUCCCCCUGGAGAACCUGAGCAUCCGUGAGGUGGAGGACUCCAAGAAGCCUAACUGCUUUGAGCUCUACAUCCCAGACAACAAGGACCAGGUAAUCAAGGCGUGCAAGACGGAGGCGGACGGGCGGGUGGUGGAGGGCAACCACACCGUGUACCGCAUCUCAGCCCCCACGCCUGAGGAGAAGGAGGAGUGGAUCAAGUGCAUCAAGGCAGCCAUCAGCCGGGACCCAUUCUACGAGAUGCUGGCUGCCAGGAAGAAGAAGGUGUCCUCCACCAAGAGGCAUUAGCAGCCCGGCGAGGCUGCUGUGCCCUGGCAGCACCGUACCUCCCAUCCCCACGGCUGCGGGGCUGGGGCUCAGCACGGCCCUGGUGCCAGGACCCAGCUUCAGCUUUGCAGUUUCUUUACCGUGGGGGGAGGGAGGGAGCAAGGGCGUCUCGGUGCCAUUGCCACCUCACUUCCAGACAACUCCAGACUGCAGCUGGGAUUCCCCUGCUCACAGUCCUGGGGUUGGCUGUGGGAUGGGAAGUGCCACCUGUGCACAUCACUCUCCCUUCCCACUUUGGCAGCCCAAUGCUUGUCCAGCAUUCCCUUGCUGAGCUCCCCCUGAACAGCUUCCAGCCCUGGGCAGCAUUGAGCUGCAGCCAAUGGCCAGAAUAAGAGCCAGACCAGAGGGAAUCCAGGGACCCCCAUGUUGGGGACAUGCUUCUGGGUCCCAGCACUCGUGUCCUGAAGCACUUGAGGUGUCCCAUCCUGGAGGAGAAGGCUGGUGGCUGUGGGGUGCUGGAGGCAUGGGGCAGCCCUGGGACAGUGGCAGCACUCCUGGCCCUCGUUGUAGCGGGCUUGGGGUGCCCUCCCCAGCCGUGAGGUGCCAGAGCUGGGUGAGGCUGCAGUCCGAUGGCACCAGGCUGGUGCUGCCUUGCCACAUCCUGCAGCCAUGAGCCCUUUGGUGCUGGGUUGGGACGGCCAUCGUGACGCCCCCGUUCCCAGGCAAGACUGCACCAAGGAUGGCUGCAAUCAGGAUGUGGCCCCACGCCUCUGCCCCACGAGCACCGCGGCCAUCCCAUUCCCCAGCCACACGCACAGGUCCGGAGAGGCACCUGGAUCAGUAUUAGUCUAUUUAUCAGAGGUGUAAAUAUUCCUGUAUAGUUUUCUCCUUUUAGAUUAUUUUGUAUGUUGGGGUUCUGUGCAGAGGUCUCUUUGGAGGGCGCGGUGUGGCAGGAUUUUGU